AUGGUCGCCCGUACGGGCUCAUGUGGCGAGCAUCUCUUUACAUAUACUUCCGGUAACGUAUCCUUGUCCUCGUACACCUCUGGUCGAUAUUUGUUCAACGAGGACGUGAGGUUGAAGGAACGUCAUGUUAAGUUCAACGUCGAAGCUGUGCAACGUGCAGCCGAAGCCUCCGUUGGCAACAAACAUGGCAAGGUUGUCAGCACGAAAAAGCUAGCCGAGGGAGGGUUUAAUCGAGUCUUUGUCCUCGAGUUGCAGGACGGUUUCGAAAUGAUCGCCAAGAUCCCAUACCACAUAGCCCGACCAGAAUAUUUCGCCACCGCUAGCGAGGCCGCCACUCUUACGCUCCUUCGCUUGAAAGGCAUACCUGUCCCGGAAGUAUAUAGCUACUCCACAAUGUUGGAGAAUCCUGUCGGUACCGAAUAUAUCCUUAUGGAGAAAGCUCCCGGGGUUUGCCUCGCAUCCAAAUGGGUGGACCUCCAAGACCAUGAGAUACGAAGACUUGGGCAUAGCUUCGUUGAACUUGAAAAAAAACUGUUCGAGAUUCCUUUCAGCGCCACAGGUAGCUUGUACUUCAAAAAAGACAUUCCAUCUAGUCUACAGGCUCCACUGUACACAGAAGAACAUGCUACAGAAGCAAAUCAAUUUUGCAUCGGGCCCAUUGCCGACUAUAUGUUCUGGUACGGUAGAAGAGCUGGGCUAAAGUUGAACCGUGGACCAUGGAAAAAUCACGUUGAAUAUCUUCAAUCGAUAGCCCAAAAAGAGAUAGACUGGACGCAGCGUUACGGCAAAUCGAUGGAACCCGACUUCCCCCACAACGAUUUGGGACUGGGAGUUCAACGUCCAGAGGACUAUCUCAAGCUUUUAGAGUGCUACCAGUUGAUGACACCACACCUGCUGCCGAAAGAUCCCGCACACCCCUUUAACCAGCCUACUCUUCGUCACCCUGAUCUCACCCUCGGUAACAUAUUCGUAACACCCGAGACAGGUCGGGUUUCAUGUCUUAUCGAUUGGCAGCACGCCAUCAUCCAGCCACAGCUCCUCGCCGCUGGCUAUCCCCGCGCAUUCGACAAUCCAGACGAUGAGCUUUCCCCCGAGUUAGUAGAACCUAAGCUUCCGGAGGACUUGGCAUCCUUGCAAGAGGAAGAGAAACACCACAUCGCGGCCCUACGGGAGCCCCUUCUUCUCGGUCGCCAGAUGCUCGUGGAUAGGGCCGGCCGUCAGUGGGAAGGCAAUCUCAUAACCCUUAAAGGAGCUAUCGUACGCGCGGCCCAGUUCUGGGAGCACUUGCCCGAUGUUGAGGAUAUUAAGUGCCCGGUACAGUUUGAUCAAACUGAACUAGACGAAUUCGCAGAGAAUGAGGACAGCUGGCUGAAGAUGAGCGUCGCCGCGGAGCAGUGGAGGAAGAGUGUCUGUAAUAUGACCGAGGAAGGGUGGGUCCGAAAUGAGUAUUAUGAGGAAGCAAAGAAGAAGCUUGCAGACCUGAAAGAAGAGAUUCGACUACAAUGUGAAGGGGACGAGGAAGAUAUGCAAGCGUUCCGGACAGGUUGGCCAUUCCGAGAUCGCGAAGAAGUUGAUUGA